GUGUGUGCGAACGUUCCACAUGACUUCCGCGCCGGCCCGCGUCCUCACGAACGAACAAGUUCAAACACCUAGAAUCCGUUCCAGGAUGUUCAAUAAUAUAUUUAAUGUUAGAAUGACGGUGCCUUGCGAGCGUAGGGCGGUGGCGUGCGUCCUGCUUACCAUCAUGGCGGUGGUGGCGGCCGCUUCCUACGACCGGGAGAGAUUAGAGAUUGCGAAGCAGAUCCUGGAGGAAGUACCACUCACUGAUGGACACAACGACCUUCCGUGGAACAUCAGGAAGUUCCUUCGCAACCAAAUCAACGAGUUUGAACUGGACACCGACCUGACUGUAGUCGAGCCAUGGUCCAUUUCCAAGUACUCCCAUACUGAUCUGCCAAGGCUGAGGGAAGGCAUGGUUGGGGCACAGUUUUGGUCUGCCUUCGUGCCCUGCGCCACCCAGAAUAAGGACGCUGUGCAGCUGACCUUGGAGCAGAUUGAUGUCAUCCGACGUCUCGUCGACAAGUAUCCUCAGUCCUUUCAAUUGGCAACUUCUGUUACUGAUAUUCUGCAAGCCCACAGCGCCCGUCCCCGCAAGAUUGCAUCACUCAUCGGCAUCGAAGGUGGACACUCCAUCGCCAACUCUUUGGGUGUCCUCAGGAGCUACUACCAACUUGGAGUUCGUUACAUGACGUUGACUCACACUUGCAACACUCCUUGGGCUGACUCCUCGAACGAAGCGCCAGUUGCUAACGGUCUCACCGAAUUUGGAGAGAAAGUUGUACGCGAGAUGAACCGCCUGGGGAUGCUGGUGGACCUGUCCCACGUGGGGGAGAACACCACCAGGGCGGCCAUCAGGGUGUCCAAGGCUCCUGUCGUCUUCAGCCACUCCUCUGUGUACAGUCUUUGCGCCCACAAACGCAAUGUGCCUGAUGAUAUCAUCCAGUCUUUGAAGGAUAACGGCGGUGUCAUCAUGGUGAAUUUUUUCCCUGACUUCGUGAAAUGUGCUCCAAAUGCAACCCUUUCAGACGUGGCCGAACAUUUCCACUACAUCAAGAGGAUGAUCGGGGCUGACUACGUGGGCAUUGGCGGCGAUUAUGAUGGAGUUAACAGGGUACCACGCGGCUUGGAAGACGUAUCGAGAUACCCCGAAUUGUUUGCUGAGCUGCUCCGAAGCGGUCAAUGGAGCGUCCAGGAGCUGAAGAAUUUGGCUGGUCUCAACAUGUUGAGAGUGAUGCGGCAGGUGGAAAAGGUUCGCGACGAGAUGAGGACUAACGGAGUGGAACCCGAGGAGCAUCCAGAUUCCCCAUCAGAUAACGGGAACUGUACCAGCAACGCAUUUUAUACGGAAUACGUGUAAAUGCUAAAUAUGGUCAGUCGAGACGUGGCUUCCAGCUUCCUCAUCGGCAGAACUCAGGCAGAUAUAGUUCAAUAUUGAUGUGUUUAAUAAUAAUUAAUUACCUUUACCGAUGCUUACACAAUAAAACGUUGCGACCAGUUCAUAGAAAAUAUUUGGAAUUAUAAUGUUUCGUAACGGUAAAAAAUAUA